AUGUUUGGGCCCCCAUCCCUCGCACCACGGGGUGUCUGUUGCCAUGGUCUCAUGCUCUCUCAUCAGUACACGACUCUCGCUCCCAACAUGACCAUGGGGCGAACAAGACAUGCUGGUUUAUGCCUUGUGCUGGCAGCACUCACCACGAUGGCCGUAAUACCAGGAGUCGGGGCUUUCAGCGGAGGUCUGCGGGUGGCGAUCACGCAGCAGCCUCAUGAUUGCUCCAUGGUGGCGUCGUCAUCGACCGUCAGCCCUAGACCUCUCAACCCGGCAGCGGCGGCUGUAACACCCAGCGGGCGGAGACGGUCAUCGUCGUCGUCGUCCCCAACCGCGCUAUCCAUGGCCCCCCCGAUGGACUUUGGCGGCGCGGAGCCGGCCGAGAAGGAUCCGCGAGAGAUGGACCCUUCCCUCCAGGGCAGCGCCGGCGACACCUACGUCAAGUGCGGAAAGUGCCAGGCCUGCUACCCCAUGGAGCUCGAUGUUCUCGGCAGGGGGCGAAUCAUCGAGUGCUCCGUGUGCGGCAACCGGUGGUUCCAGACGGCGGAACGUGCGCUCACGCUCACGGAAAAUUUCUUGAUGAAGGAUUGGACGGAGGAUCGUGUCGCAGCAACCGCGGAAGCUGCCAAGAACUUUGCAGGAUUCAACCUCUUCGUGGGCAACAUCCCCUUCUCCGUCAGCGAGAAGGACCUUGGCGCCAUCUUCGGCAACUUUGGCGAGGUCAAGAGCACCGCUCUCGUCACGGACGAGAACGGCGACUCGAGGGGCUACGGCUCGGUCAAGAUGGGCACCGAGGAGGACGGCCGGAAGGCGAUCAAGGCGCUGAACGGCAUCGAGAUUCAGGGACGAAGCAUGCUUGUCAAGGUUGGCGCCAGCAACUCUGCCGGCGGAGGCGGAGGAGGAGGAGGAGGAGGAGGGGGCCGGAUGGGGCAGAGGGGGAGGCGGUGA